GAAUAGUGCACCUGCGAAAGUUUAUUGUAAGAUGUUUGGAGGAGCUGUAAUUGUCAGUAGUGUUUACAAAUUCAUUGUUUUGUUUCCGUUUGGUGCGACACUCAGUGAAGGUGGAUCGCAAAUAGACAUGUAUUAUGUGAAAUGAAUGUCGCAUUUCCUGUGAAAAAUUCAACGUACGGUUCUUUACCUCCGUUAGUAGAAGGCGAAGUAUUUAGUUAUUUGACAUUAAAAGUUGAUCAUAUUCUAUGGAGAAAGAAGCCGCCCGGUGAUAUUGCUGUGUUAGCACGCUGGUGGGGAGACAGCACAGUACCUGUAUUUAAGCCCAGUGACGUGAGAAACAGAGGUGGACACCAGACAUCCCAGUCGUUUAUUUACGAAAUAAAAGCACCAAUUAACUUAUUCGAAACAUACUUGGAAGAUAGUGACCAUUUGGAACUGUUUGUUGUCCAGCGAGGUUUGAAUGAGUUAAUUGGGACAGCGAAAAUCACUAAUUUAAAAAAGAUAAUAUAUGAGAACCCUUAUCAACUUUAUGUGCCAAUUUUGAAUUCUGUCAGUAAAGUUGGUGAUUUACAUGUAUGUUUCGUACUGCGUAAUGACGACCCACUGUCCAGGAAUUUCAGCCACAAACAGGCACAGUGUCCGGGUAACGAGACGCGGAAACAGAUCAAAUUUCAAACAGUAAACGCUAAUAGUAAUUCGUCUCUGGCUGGUCGAAAACACAUAUUACGAAGUGACGACCGCAAUGAGAAGCAUAGCAAAGACACACAAUGUCAGCAAUAUAAUUCUUCCACGAAUCUUACAGCACGUUGUAAAUCUGAUGGUGCGCCGCAAUCUGCAAGGAAUUGCACAAACGAUGCACUCCUCCUGAAAGUAUUGACUCAAAGUGUUAAACUUCGUAACGCAAUGGUGAAGUCUAUGUUGGAAGACAACGAUCUUGUGAGAAACAGUGCUUUGACAGAUAACGAAACCACAGUUAAAGAACGUAGUGCACUUAGGUCAGGAGAAAGUGUUGCUGUAAGUGUAGACCCUAGUGGAGGAGUUAUGGAGUAUCUAUUAGGUAAAAAGAUUGGUUCAGAAAGUAAAGAGAAUCACGAGGCGCUGCGGAGUCUGGCGGCACCAAUGCCUGAUCGACUUAAAUUAAUGGAAAAUACAGACAAAAUGGAUGACAGCCUUGUCAAAAUAAAACAUGUCAGAGAAAAACAAGUGAUCCCAUUUGAUGGAAUAUCCCGUAGUGAGCAACAGGAUAGUCAGUCAAGUGUCCCUUCUGAAAACAGUAAAUGUGACACGACAGCUAAUAAUACACAACUUCAGCAUGAAAGACAGUCACUGAAUGAUAUCCGGUGGCUGCGUGUCGAUGUGUGUCGAUUCGUCUUACAGCAGGACACUGUGCUCAAAGUAUUAGGAACUAAGUUUCUCCCAAGAUCAUCAUUCUUUGCUGAGUUUGAACUACCAGUAAAUCUGGUAUGUCCAUGCAAAGGCAAGCAACAAAAGCCAUGGAAUAAUAGAGUUCAUCGUUUUUGUUCGAGAAAGCAGCUAAAUAAUGUGGUUGAAUUUGAUAAGAGCAUUAGCUGCCGUAUUCAGACAAAUGGUGGUGACACACUCGAAAGGAUAAAGUUGUCAAACCUGACAUUCACUAUGUAUUCCCGACACAUGAAACAGAAAAGUCCAGUGCUGAUUGGUACAGGUGAAUUAUCAUUAACACAGCUUCUAAAGCCAGAUGCAUCAAACAAGCAUGAGAUUCCAGUUUUCUCAAAGCUGCAAUCUGUUGACGGUCCUCUGUUUCUGGGAACUCUGAUUGUGGCUGUGGAACUCAUAUCAAACAAGGACAUGUUAAAUCAUUCAGGAGUACGUAAUGGUAAUGGAAAACAGGAUAAUCAGCAUCAAGUCCUCUCAUCGUCAUCUGAGGAAAGUGGGUUGAAGCUGUCAGCACAAAAAGCAGAGAGAUGUAACAAUCAGAAUGAAGCAGUACAAAAAGAGAAUGCUGUACUCACUAAACUUGUUACCAAAAUCAGAUGUGCUGAUAUUGAACAGGAUUCAUUGAGAGAGAAGAUAUUACUACACAUUCUCCUACACAUCCCAGAAGGCCGUGGUUUUAGAUAUGAGACAACAUACUUGGUGACACGCAUGCUUUGGCAUGAAAAUGUGUCCAUGAGCAGUGUUCAGUCUGCCACAGAAUCUCCGAAGUACGACUUCCAUGAGGUCCUUCCUGUGUACCUAGACAAUAAUUUCUUACAAAGGUGUCAUAACAAUAUAAUGGUAACAGAAGUCUGGUGUGACAAUAAAUUACUAGGUCUUGUGAAAAUGUCUCUAGAGCCUUUCUACACUGCCUUCUACAAUCAAACUGUGAGAGCAAAAUGGCUCACACAAAAGAGUCCCGUUGUUGGACUUGAUGGAUGGGUUGACAUUGUGAAUCCAGCAUCUGGGUUGAAAGUUGGGCAACUAUUAGUCGUCUUGGCAGCUGGUACGAAGACUCAGAUCAAAACCUUUGAGUAUUCACUCAUGCCUGAGGUGUAUGGACUAUCUAAUGAUAAAAAAUUGAAUUGUGAACAAUUGUAUGAUUGUGAUGAAGAUUGUAAUAACAGAAUUGUGAAUCAUUCUAAUCCAGUACAUAAAAAAAGUCAUCUUUGCAGCUCUAAUGACUCAACAACAAAACAGAAACCAAGUCAGAGACAACAUGUAGUAAGUGGAGGCAGCAUCAUAGAUACAGUGUUUCCUCCAAAAUUUGUGAAUGGCGAAAGCAUUAAGAUCACUUCACCGUAUGAAAGGCAGGGAAACUACUGCAUUUCUCACGGUAACCCUCAUGCAAACAAAGAAACUGCGAAGUCUAAAGAUAAAACUUCCAUUAAUAACAACAACGAUGUUUUGAUGAACAGCGCUUUUGAAUCAAGUGAAACUAAUGUUGAAUCAGCUGAUUCAAAUAUGGGGAUUUCAACAUCUGAUGAUGAUAUCAACAGAAAUCUCCAUGGCCAUGUUACAAACAGAGAGAAAAUAUCAAUUAUUGGUCAUCCUAACAGUAGUGGCAAGACUUGUACUCAGAAAUACCAUUAUAGCGAUUCUGUCACAAAAUCAAAAUCUGGAAGCAGCAAUAGACACUGUACAGAUGAUAUGUUAAAUCCAGGUUUCUUGUCAUCAGAUAGAGAUAUAUCAUUGUCCCAGACAUACCAUGUUUUGGAUAAGAGAGGAAGUGAAAUGGAAUACAUGUGCUUGAAUACAGCUUCGUCUGAACUUGAUGAACAAGCAUCAUCUCUUGACAAUGCCAUUAUAGAAAACAAAAGAAGAAGACGUGCAGACCAUCAAAUAUCAUCCACUGACACUGUAUCUACAGAAGUGUCUGUUGGUUUUUCAGGCACCAUAGUUGAUACAGUACAUCAACAGGAAGAAAGGAAAUCUGAGACAUGCUUUCAUGCACACAUUGAAGUUAUAAAUGCUUUGCAUCUUCCACUUGUCAGAAGGAGUAAGAAACGUGUCCAGCCCAGUUGUUAUGUAACUUUUGAGGUCAGCACUUCUACGUGUGAUGAUGACAAGAAGCUGCUCACAACCCCCGUAGCAUGGCACACCACAAGCCCAGCCUGGGAUUGGUCAUGUGACACGUGGCUUCCAGUGCGACUUCUCAAAGAUAAAAGCAAGUCUCUGAUAUUUAAGAUUUGGAUUAAAGCUGAGACUUCAGGCAAAGAAGAAGAUAAUAUACUUGGACAUGUGUCUGUUGACCUAACUGUUCUGCUGUUUGGAAUGCCGUGGAUAUCUGGUUGGUUCAACAUAACAGAUUUCACUGGAAACAACAAAGGGCAAAUAAAGAUCAACAUCACACCACUUGAAAGUCUGACCAGAUUCAGCAUUCAACAGCUGUCCGAAGAUUAUCAGAAACUGCCACUACUACAACAAGCAGCAUCAUUGUUUGAUACCGCAGGCAUAAAACAUAAUAAGAGUAAGAUGGAAACGAACAGUAUAUCAUCAGUGGAUCAUUCUCUCGAGGGUAUCCACUGCCCUACUGCAUCUGGCUCUGCGAUACCUGGCCUUGACGAUUUUGGAGACAUCUCCUCAUUUCUUUCAAGUGCACUUAAAAACAAGCUGCUUGAACUGGACGAAAUAACACAAAGACUUAAGCAUCGUUUAAAUUCUGUCACACAAGAGGUAGAAGAAGAAGAUUUAUCUGCAGAUCCUGAAUUUGAUAUGGUUGAUAUUGCAGGGGAUGAAUGUUCAUCAUGGAAUGCCGAAGAUCAGACUGUUGUACCAGGAAAUGUUCUGGAACCACAGAAACACCGUGAAACACAAACAUCUGGUGUGACAGGGGAAAGAAAUAAGUUCAUUAAAAAACCCCAGCAUUUUAACAAUGAAAAUGAGAUGGUGGCAUACGAGAAAGAAACUUUGCAUAUACAGAAAGACAAUCUUACUCUAGAAAAUGGUCAAAGAAACAAGUUAGAUGGAGAUUACAGUAAAACAGUCGACAAGUUGGCUACACUGACAAUAGACAAAACCGGCCAAAAUGAAAUCUGUCGUAAUGAUUUUGAUUCUCUAACCAGUUAUUUUAAGGACAUUGCAAGUAAAGAUCUUGAAUUAGAAAAUGUGUUUAAUCCAUUGUUAUUCCAGCAGUUGUUGAAUUGUUCUAAUCCACAACCGUUGGUCCAACAAGGAACACACAGAUCUAGAGAAAAUCUGUGCAGUUCCCAAGUUGGUGAGGAGUUCAUUUCAAAUGUGAAUGAAAAUAUUUAUAAGAACCUUCAUAUGAGUGAUGAACGAAAUGCAACAGACAACAUCAGAAGGAACACACACAACAGUGAAAGAAUGGAGUUUAGUCCUUCUCUGGAAUCCUGCUUAGAAAAUACCCAUAACACAGAACAUGAUGUUAGAGAAAAGUCAGUAAUGUGUAAUGCAGGUUCAGAUUCAAUAACUUGUGCCACAAGGAAGAGUGUUAGCUGUGAAACUCUACUUUCAAGCAGUGAGAAUCUGACAGAGGUUAAAGCUGUCAAUGAAAGUGAUUUUAUAACAAAUAAUUUUAGCAGCUCUUUUCCAUCAGAAUUUUCUUCAGUUAUGAAUACUCAAGACAUUGAGGAUGGAAGAGUGCUGGGAGAAGACAGUGUGACAAAACCAUGCAAUUCCUUAAAUGUUCUUCACACUAUGACAAAUAAAGGGAGUUUCUUAGAAGAAACAAAUUCUUCUGUUUUACAAAUUCAGAGGUUGGCUCCAGAAGGUGGGAAUCCACCUGAGAACUCUUCACAUAGUCAGCAGACUAAUACUUCUGAUAAUCGUAUCUGAAGCAGUAAAGUAAUGUCUCUAAUGUGAAUAAUAACGUUUUAAUUCUGAGUAAGCAGGUUACUCAGUUUCUGUGCUUUUGUACUUUUCAUACAGUUGUUACUUUUUUUUAUCUACCUUGUGUGAAGUAUUGCCACAUAGUACUUAAGUGGCUGGGGAGUCUUUUGCCCACCAAAUGAGAAUGAAGUGAAGAUGUAACUAGGCUCACAAAAACUGGGAGCUUGUGAGGCUGUUACUUUAUUCCUUUUAUCUCAAAUCAUGAAAUGCUGAGGACUUGAUAACUGCAAUUACUUGUUAUAAGUUAAUAAGAACUCUUCCAGUGUCACCAAAUGUGGUGUUCAGAAAGGAAAGUGAAACUGAUUCUUAACAUUGUUAGAAUUAAAUGACGUACUUUUGAAAGUGAUGUACUGUAGAACAGUGAUGUUAUAAGUUACUGGAGGUAAUUUUUCUUCCUUUGUUGAAAAGGAAGUUAGCAAUGAGAUGCUAUUCAACUGAAGUUCGAUGUGCUAAUACUCACAGAGCACUCUCAGUGCACUGCAAGAAACCAGUACAAUUUCGAAAUAUUACUUUCUUGUAUGUUGCCUUUUUGGUGCUACUUCAAAGUAUAUUUUUAUAUAAUUUUAUAAAUGGCUUUCAAAAGACUGUCAGCAGUUCUGACAAAAUAAAGUACGCAUUAGUGCCUCUGUUUAAACUGCAAAGAAUAUUUUACAUACAAUUUAAAAUUAAAUUGUGUAAGGUCAUUGAGACUUUCUUUUUUUAUUUUGGUGACAAUUACUUUUUGUUAACAGUUUUCAGCCAUAAAUCCCCCCUGCCCCCCCUCCAAAUAUUGUAAAGGCCAUAAGUAAUAGAAAUGCUGGAACAGUUUGAUUUAUCAAAAUAGUGUGUCAUGGAAAAUAUUAAAACAGUGUGGUUAAUGGAAAACUGGUGUCUGAGAAGCAAAAUUACAGACACCCCAUUUACUAUUGUAGGCUUUGAGUACAAAAAAAAAAAAAAAAUAU